AUGAAGUCGAUCCUAGAUGGCCUUGCAGACACCACCUUCCGCACCAUCACCACGGACCUCCUCUACGUGGGCUCGAAUGACAUUCAGGGCAGUCCCUUCCAAGAGAAGAUGACUGCAGGAGAUAGCCCUCAGUUGGUCCCAGCGGACCAGGUGAACAUCACCGAAUUCUACAACAAGUCUCUUUCCUCCUACAAGGAGAAUGAGAACAUUCAGUGCGGGGAGAACUUCAUGGACAUGGAGUGCUUCAUGAUCCUGAACCCCAGCCAGCAGCUGGCCAUCGCCGUGCUGUCCCUCACGCUGGGCACCUUCACGGUUCUGGAGAACCUGCUGGUGCUGUGCGUCAUCCUGCACUCCCGCAGCCUCCGCUGCAGGCCUUCCUACCACUUCAUCGGCAGCCUGGCCGUGGCAGACCUGCUGGGGAGUGUCAUCUUCGUCUACAGCUUCGUUGAUUUCCACGUGUUCCACCGCAAGGAUAGCCCCAACGUGUUUCUGUUCAAACUGGGCGGCGUCACAGCCUCCUUCACAGCCUCGGUUGGCAGCCUGUUCCUCACAGCCAUCGACAGGUAUAUAUCUAUUCACAGGCCCCUGGCCUAUAAGAGAAUCGUCACCAGGCCCAAGGCCGUGGUGGCCUUCUGCCUGAUGUGGACCAUAGCAAUUGUGAUCGCCGUGCUGCCUCUCCUGGGCUGGAACUGCAAGAAACUGCAGUCUGUUUGCUCAGACAUUUUCCCGCUCAUCGAUGAAACCUACCUGAUGUUCUGGAUCGGGGUCACCAGCGUGCUGCUGCUGUUUAUCGUGUACGCAUACAUGUAUAUCCUCUGGAAGGCUCACAGCCACGCGGUCCGCAUGAUUCAGCGCGGCACCCAGAAGAGCAUCAUCAUCCACACGUCGGAGGACGGCAAGGUGCAGGUGACCCGGCCGGACCAAACCCGCAUGGACAUCAGGCUGGCGAAGACCCUGGUCCUGAUCCUGGUGGUGCUGAUCAUCUGCUGGGGCCCUCUGCUUGCGAUCAUGGUGUACGACCUCUUUGGGAAGAUGAACAAGCUCGUUAAGACGGUGUUCGCCUUCUGCAGUAUGCUCUGCCUGCUGAAUUCCACCGUGAACCCCAUCAUCUACGCUCUGAGGAGCAAGGACCUGAGACACGCGUUCCGGAGUAUGUUCCCCUCGUGCGAAGGCACCGCGCAGCCCCUUGAUAACAGCAUGGGUGACUCAGACUGCCUGCACAAACACGCGAACAACACAGCCAGCGUUCACAGGGCCACGGAGAGCUGCAUCAAGAGCACCGUCAAGAUCGCCAAGGUGACCAUGUCUGUGUCCACAGACACGUCUGCCGAGGCUGUGUGA